AUAGCUCGAACUAGCGAACUUCAGUAAUUAUUUUCAUUUGAUUAUGUUUUAUAUAUUACCAGAUUAAAGUAUAUUUAAAGUUGUGUCGAAGCUGCUCAGACUUAAACACAGUAAUAGAGUACAUGAAGUUACAUCCAAAUGAUGUCUCUAAAGCCUAGGAAUGUUGACUUCCAAGAAACUUGGGCUAAUCUUAAGGAAACUGUGGCUGGGGUGGUAGCCCUCCGUUCUGUAGAAAGAGGUGUUUGGAACACUCGUUUCUCUGACGUGUACGCGCUAUGCGUUGCCCACCCGGAGCCUCUCGCUGACCGACUCUACGAUGAGACCAAAAAUUUUCUUGAAGAACACGUGGGUGGACUCCUGCAGAGGGUCAAAGGGAACGCUGUCCUCGAGAGUAGUGAUUAUAACGAUGGUCUACUUACGAGAUACGUGACAGCGUGGCACGAAUACAGUCAAGGAGUCUCCUAUCUUAACUCUCUCUACUCCUACCUCAACUUACAACAUGUCAAGAGGCAGAAGGUCUCAGACGCCGAGAUCAUUUACGGUUCAGCUACAGUCAGCUGUCCAGAACAUGACAUGAGACAACUCGAGGUCGGUGAGCUAGGCCUAUUAACAUGGGAGCGAGUACUAGUGUGGCCGCUAGCGGACGCCCUCAGUUCCCGGCUAGUUGCAGCCCUCAGCGCGGCCCGGGACGAAACCCCCGACCCCGCGGCCGCUGACGCCCUGCGGAGCGCCGUGCACAGUGCCGUACAUGUGCAGAGCUUCCGUGUCCGAGGCCCCCUCCAGCUGUACCAGCAGCUGGUUCUGGAGCCAUUCCUGGAGGCCGCGGCCACGCACCACUCGCGUCGGGCCGCCAGACUGUUGGCUGAAGGGGAUGUAUCGCACUUCAUGAAACACGUGCUUGAUGGGCUGGAGCGCGAGACGUCGCUGGCGCAGCGCUUCCUGCACUCGUCGUCGCUGGAGGCCGUGCGCGCCUGCUACGAGCGGGCCUGCGUGUCGGCGCACCUGGGCGCGCUGCACGGCGACGUGGAGCGCCUGCUGCGGGAGGCGGCGGGCGGGGGGCCCGGGGGCGCCGGGGGGGCCGCGGGCGGGGCCGGGGGGGCCGGCGACCCCCGCGCGGACCUGCGCCGCAUGUACGCGCUGCUGCGGCCGCUGGGCGCGCCCGCCGUGCGCCCGCUGGUGGACGCGGCGCACGCGCAGGCCGUGAGCGAGGGCCUGGCGCUGCUGGACGCCGACCGCGGCAAGGAAGAGGCACACACGCACUUUGUCCAAGCGAUGCUAUCGCUGCACAGCAAGUAUAGCGCGCUGUACGCAGACGUGUUCAGUGGAGCACAGCCCUUCGUCGGCGCUCUCGAUAAGGCCUGUUCCGCAGUGGUGAACAGACGGAGACCAGGGGAGACAGUAGCCAGAGCUCCCGAACUGGUGGCCCGCUACUGCGAUGCUCUGCUCCGACGUCGAGGAGCCGACGCCGAUGCUGAUGAUAAACUGGCCGCGGCCAUCGUGGUCUUUAAAUACGUGGACGAUAAGGAUGUCUUCCAGAAGCACUAUGCCAGGGCAUUGGCUAGGAGGCUGAUACACCAACUGUCUGCUUCCAUGGAACAGGAAGAAGCGAUGAUCAACCGCCUCAAAGCGGCCUGCGGUUACGAGUUUACGAACAAACUACACCGAAUGUUCACGGACGUGGCCGUCUCCGCAGAUCUCAACGCGAAGUUCCAGCAACAUCUCCGGGAUAACAACCUCACAACCAGCACUGGUUUCUUUAUACAGGUGCUACAAGCUGGUGCUUGGCCACUCGGGGGUGCCAUGGCCCCCUUGGCCCCCCCUGCUCAGUUGGAGCGACCGGCGCGCCUGUUCGAGUCAUUCUACCGAGCUUCAUUUAGCGGUCGUCGCCUCGCCUGGCUACAUCAUCUAUGCACUGGUGAACUUCGAACCCGAUAUACACAACGUGUCUACCAUAUUAGCGCCGGCACGCCACAGGUGGCGCUGCUGCUGCUGUUCGAGGAGACGGACACGCUGGAGGCGGCCGAGGCGCAGUCGGCGCUGCAGCUGGGCGAGGCGUGGCCGCGGCACGUGCGGCCGCUGCUGGAGGCGGGGCUGCUGCUGGGCGACGCGGACGGCACGCUGGCGCUCAACCUGGCCUUCAGCUGCAAGCGCGCGAGGAUCCGGCUCACGUGCGCGCCCGCGCCGCCCGGACAAGGCGGAGGCACGGUGGGCUCCGGCGCUAAUUCAGCCGAGAGCACGCACUGUGAUGAUGAUCGGAAAAUGUACCUGCAGGCAGCACUCGUACGCAUCAUGAAACAGAGAAAGGUGCUUCGUCACACGGAAUUGAUACAGGAGGUGGUCUCACAGGCGCGGGGCUCCUUCGCGCCCUCUGUCGCAAUGAUAAAGAAGUGUAUCGAAGCCCUAAUAGACAAACAAUACCUCGAGAGAGCCCCGGGCACCCUGGACACGUACUCCUACCUCGCAUAACAAGGAGAUAUAUUUUAUAAUUCAUUGUAAAUAAAAAUAUUAAAAAAAAAAGUAAAUAAUA